CACUAGCCUGCCUCCUUCUCCAGCUAGCGCCUCAUGCUAACUGUAGUAGUGCAUCGCUGCUGGUACAAAACACCCCAGAUACCUGUCCGUGCGUGCACAGUGGCGAUGCUGAGACUCUUGGGUGUGAGUUGAGAGCCAACUGGAUGAUUUGAAGCCACCAUGAAUGAGAAGAAGUAAAACUUUGUUUUAAAGACAAGAAUAAUCACACUGCUGCAGAAGAACCCCGGGAGACUGACAACGACAGGAAACAUUUCUGUCAAAUAUGUAGAAAUGUUUACAGAACUCAAAGUCAUUGGUGCCAACACACAAAGAAAAACCACGGAGGAGUCAAGCCUUUCAAAUGUAUCUAUUGUAGGAAGAGGUUUACCUUUCGAAACCCUCUGAUUGUUCACCUGCGAACCCACAGUAAAGAGAAACCUUACUUCUGCCCUGUGUGUGGCGUGAACUUUCCUCUGAUGAGCCAUGUAAAGUCACAUAUGAAAACACACGCUGUUAUGACGACUGUAGAUGAAGACGAUGCAGUUGGUGGUUUGAUCACUGCUGAUGGAGAAGAGGAACUGGAUCCUGGCAAAUCUAAUGUCAUUCCUAAUGUGCAUCAAACUGAUGAUCAACAAUUGGACAGAAGCAUGGACCGGUGCUACUGCCAUGUGUGUGGUAAUAAAUUAUCAUACAGCAGAACUCUACAACCACACCAGAGGACUCACCAUGGAACUAAACCUCAUCGAUGCUCCCAGUGUGGGACAGGAUUGAAUUUCCCGAACAGACUGAAAAGACACCUUUUAAUCCACUCCAAAGAGAAACCUUUCUCCUGUCCGGUCUGUGGCAAGAGAUUCUCCCGCAAGGACAGGCUGAAGAAACACCUCAGCCUACAUGGAUGUUCAUCUGAAGUCAAGGAAACUGCGGAGACUUUGGGUGGAGUGGAGACGACCGGUAUUCAGAUCAGCUCAGAUUCAUUACAUUUGGAGGGGAAUUCUGUUGGUAAGGCCCCUGAUGUUACAUUACCCGAUGACACACACACGGCUACGCCCGCCACUCCUGAACAUAACCGUUCUCUGAAAACGACACCCAGGAAACGUCGGAAGAAAACUGAGGCUGAGGAGCUCUUCAGCUGCCCAGAAUGCAGCAAGGAUUUCCAGAGCGUAUACGCCAGAGACCGCCAUCAGAGAGAGAAACAUGGCAAACGGCCACUUCACAAGUGCUGCGACUGCGGACAGACAUUUAAAGUUAACCGAAGCUUGAUAGUCCACCGACGGAUAUACCAUCCAGCACCUGCAGUGGCUGCGGUGCCUGAAGAAGAGCAAAGGGCUCCAAAGACUUAUGUUUGUUCAACAUGUGGGAAGCAGUUUCCCUCUAGUGCCUCCCUGAAAAGGCACCUUAUUAUUCACUCAGGGAAGAAACCAUACAAGUGCACUUUGUGUGGGAGAGGUUUCACGCAGAUUGGAAACCUCAAAACGCACCAGAAGGUUCAUAAAGGGAAAAUAACCAACAUGGCAGCGUUAGACAGAAGUUUACCUCAGUCUGAAGAAGCUCAAUCAUCAGUGGAAAUCUGCUUCUGUCAUUUGUGUUGGACACAAUUUUCAGAGAAACAACUAUUAGAAGAACACUUGAAACAAGUCCACGAAUCAAAGAAACCAUUUUCCUGCACACAGUGUGGCAAAAGAUUCAUGUACAUCCAGAAAUUAAACGACCACGAAGCUUGGCACGACGGUCUGAAGCCCUACCAGUGCUCACAGUGUGAUAAAGGUUUCCAGACCUCAAAGGGACUCGAGAACCACAUGCGAGAUCACACAGGAGAGAAACCUUUCCUGUGCAUUGUAUGUGGAAAAAGGUUUAAACAGGAAUCUACUCUGAGAGCACACUAUGUGACGCACACAGGAGAGAGGCCUCACCUCUGCUCCAUCUGUGGUAAACGGUAUGCAAGAGCCGAAGAGCUUAAAGUUCACCUCAGAGUUCACACAGGGGAGAAGCCGUACCAAUGUGACAAAUGUGGGAUGAGUUUCUACUACAGGCAAGGCUUCAAUAACCAUAAGAAGACUCACAGUGCCAAACCCAUCGGGCCCACCAGGCAGCUGGGCAGACCCAGACUGCUGGGGAGCACCAGGAAGUCAAGCAGGCCCAAGAAGGUCUCACAGAGAGCUCCGCCUGAUUCAGAUGGAGAGGAUCUGACCUGGGAGCCUCCUGACCUCGGAAAUAGGCCCCACCAUCACCUUGGCAACCAAGAAAACCAUGCUGCAGAGAACCGCAGUCAGACAACUCCGUGGAACUGUGGUCAUUAUACAGCAUUCAACCUCUGGGACCAAAACCCAGAUACAUCCAACUGGAGAGCAGCAGAGGGCCACCAGGCUUACAGUGCUCCAGCAGGAGCAAGCGUUGGUUUCAGUGCCCUGCUCAGGGGCACAGCGGAUCAAGAGCACUUUAAAGAGAGCUGUCCAGCGAAGCAGCCCUCCUGGCCCUCUGAGACUUCCUCUGUAUCACCACCCUCUGAGCUCCAGCUCACCCCACCCCUCCCACACAACACCACAUCAAAGAAAAUAGACCCGAGAAAGCCGAGUAGAGCGGUGACUCACCAUGAAGAACACAGACCUGAAACAGAGGAGCAGAGUCGCAGAGCAGCACCUACAGAAACUUUAAGACGGUCGGAACCUGAACACAGCAGCUCCCAUGAACAGCUUCAGGAAAAGCCUAAACAAGACCAAGGGCCUCGCAGAUUCAAGAAGAACUACGACUGUCCGACCUGUGGAAGAGUUUUCUCUCACAACACCGCUCUGCAGCGACACCUUGUGAUUCACUCGGGGAAAAGACCUUUCAAGUGCUUCAUAUGUGGAAGAGGAUUCACUCAGAGUGGAAACCUCAAAACACACAUGAAGGUUCACAGAGGAGAGUUACCAAAUUGGACAUUAGUUCAAGAGAAGAGUCCCCUUAAAGAAUCUCCUGUAACGGUUCAUGUAUGUGGAGAGUGUGGAAUGGAUUUCCCUCAGAAACAACAGCUGGAGGAACAUCGCCAGAGUCACAAAAAACCUUACGCGUGUCCCGACUGUGGCAAGACUUUCAAAAACGAAUAUUAUUUUAAAAUACAUAAGCGCGUUCACUCGGGAGAUUCACCUUUCCUGUGUUCAGAGUGCGGGAAGAGCUGCGUCACAGCAGAUUCGCUCAAAAAACACGAGCUGACGCACACUGGAGAAAAGAAUUUCCACUGCGAUCAGUGUGGCAAGGCGUUCUCACAAUCUUCCCACCUCAACGUGCACCUCAAGACUCACACCGGAGAGCGGCCUCACCUCUGCUCAAUCUGCGGUAAAAGUUACUCCAAAGCAUGUGACCUGAAAGUUCACCUGCGAGUUCACACUGGAGAGAAACCGUAUACUUGUGAGAAAUGCGGCAAGUGCUUCUAUUACUCUCAAGGUUAUCGAGCGCAUUUGAAGAUUCACGACAAGAAGCCAAAACCUCCAACAAAACCGCUGGGGAGACCAAAACAACAGCUGUUACUGGUAAAUAAUCAAGCUGAUCCUGAGGUUUCUCCCAGUGUGAUCAGCCUCAGAGUGUCCUACCAGUCCAACAUGCCUGGAAAACCUUCAGGGCGACCAUCAAAAAGAGAGAGUGCCAUCCCUGGCAUUGUACCUGCAGAGGUUCCCUCAAAGACAUUUGAUCAAAGCGAGAAUGAAAAACCACCGUCUCUUCACAGCUGCUCGGUGUGCGGGAAAGACUUCCCUUACGCCUCUAAACUUCAGCGCCACUUACGCACUCACUCAGGAGAGAGGCCUUUCCCCUGCUCGAUGUGUGAGAAGAGAUUUCCCGAAAAGGGGCUGCUCAUGAUCCAUGAAAGGGUCCAUACUGGGGAAAAGCCAUUCCCUUGCACUUUCUGUGAGAAACGAUUUGCUAGUCAGGGUGAGCUCAGGCUGCACCGACGGACACACACUGGCGAGAGGCCGUAUCACUGCUCCAUCUGUCUUAAGAGCUUUUCCCGACACUGGCAUCUGAAAACUCACUUAGAGGCAAUGCACUCUGAGGUUGUCGCUGGCUUUACUAGGAAGAAGUUUCCGUGUUCGGACUGUGACAAGAGCUGUAACUCUGCAGCUGAGCUCAGAGAUCAUCAGAGGACUCACACCGGAGAGAGGCCCUACCAGUGCUCUUUCUGUGACAAAAGGUUUGCCUUGUCGGGUACACUUGUGAGACACGAGCGUCUCCACACUGGCAUUACGCCCUAUCACUGCUCCGACUGUGGGAAGACAUUUGCCCAGCAGUGGACUCUGACAACACACAUGCGGACUCACACGGGAGAAAAACCAUAUAGCUGCACGCAGUGCGACAAGUCUUUUGUAGCUCCGGGAGAGCUUCGGAGGCACACCAGGAUUCACACAGGAGAAAAGCCGUACACCUGUGCGGACUGUGGGAGGCACUUCUCACUGGCAGGAACUCUCAGAAACCACAAAAGAUCAUGUACACAGAACAAGAAUGGAUCAGCCACAGGUGUCAUCUCAGACCCAGUUCAAGCUGCAGUCGGUGAAACAUCCCAGCAGGACCUGAACAACAGUAUGAGCUCAGAGGUGUCUGACAGUCAGAGUUUGCCCAGUGCAGUUGAGCCCCAUUCCUCAGAGAGUCUUAACUGUGACAAAGCAGCUCAGUGUGAAAGUAAUCUGAGAGAACCAGAAGACCGUCGGGAGGACGUCACUCCCUGUCCGCAUAUGAAUGUCAUAGUGAAAGAGGAGGAAGAAGAGGAACCUUUGUGUGUAGAAGAAUCUCCUGACCAGGUGUCUGGUAGUGAGGACUGUACCACACCAGAGGAAACUGAAGAGCAGCAGCAGGAAAGCAACACAGAAAUUAGGAUUACAGUAAAGGAGGAAGAAGAACUUGUCAACAUGUCUGAAGAAGAUCCUGAUCAAGUCGGCGACAGUGAAAAAGAGAGUCCUCCAGCCUCACCAGUGCAGGAUCCCUUUAACGACAGUCUGACAAAGAGCUCCUACUGCUGCGGGCUCUGUGGAAGAGACUGUCACAAGAUGUCUGCUCUUCAGAUUCACAUGCGAAUCCACUCGGGAGAGAAACCUUACCAAUGCAGUCUGUGUGGGAAGCAGUUCACGCAGAAAGGUCAACUCAAAGGUCACCAGAAAGUCCACACGGGAGAGAAACCAUUCUCCUGCCCGGACUGCGGGAAGAGUUUUGCCCACUCGGGGGCCAUGAACAGACACCGGCUCACGCACACAGGAGAGAGGCCCUACCACUGCUCUGUGUGCGACAGGAGCUUCAACCAGUCCGGCCGCUUGAGGGAACAUGAGAAAAUCCACUUUGGGGAGAAGUUUGACUGUCCAGAGUGUGAAAAGAGUUUUACGCGAGCUUCAAGCCUCAAGAACCAUUUCAGGCUUCACACAGGCGAGAGACCGUACGGCUGCGACAUCUGCGGGAGGGGCUUCAGCCGCUCACAAAGCCUGAGGCUCCACAGAAGGAAACACGAGCAGAUACAGACUGAGGAGGAGUCGGCAUUCGGUGUGAAGAACGAUGAUUUAUCACAGAGCGACGAUAACUCUCCGAUUAAUAUGUGUAUAACAGACAAAAAUGACUGAUAAUGUAUUUAUAUAAACCAUAGAGAUAUGUACCAGUAGUAGUAUUACAAUACAAGAUUUUAGGCAGUAAAACAUGGAUUAUAAGAGGGGAAAGUAAAGGACUACCUCUGUGAAUAGACCUUCAUUAAACCUUUACGUGGUGGUUUACAAGAAAGUAUUAAAGCUAAAAUAUUUAACUCCCACAAAUUAAUAGACAGACACAUGUCAGGUGAUGUUCAGCAACUGACAACACAGUUUCAGACAAAAUGACCAAACAAAUAUUUACUACAAACACUACUUUGGUAAAAAAAAAGUCUUGGAAAACUGCUAACAUGAUAAAUUUAGAUGUCAUAUUUAUUCGCGUUUAUCACUCUUACCUAUGUUAGUUGCAUUGAAGUAUCACACUCACGUUAGUAUUUAUGGUAGUACAAAUGACUCAUUGAAGGUCUGUGAUUUCACUUUUUCCAUGCAGUAUUUGUCAUUCAAACUAAUUGUGUAUGUGGAAAUUGGAUUGAAGAAUAAUUAUGUUUUUGUAUCCGACGUUACGAGGGCCAAUGAGCAGUCUAGGAAUCAGGUGAAACUGGAAUUCAUUCUUUAGGUAUGAGCUACUGAAAUGUCAGAAAUAUGUAUGCAGUAAUGAAGCAAUGGGAUUAUGAUAUGCAUCAGGUAUUUUUUUUUUUUUUUUUGCCAAAACCAUUUUGCCUUAGUGGUGAUUAUGUUUUUAUCUCUGUUUUGUACAGAAGUUAUUCAACAACCAAAUCAUGAAUUGGGUUCACCUGGUUUAGACAACUCUCAAAGGCCAAGUAACCAUUGUGAAUAAAGGCAUCGUCCUCUAAGGCUGAUACAAAAGCCAAGUCAUGAAGCCAUGUAGAUGGUAAAUAUUGCCCAGUGCUGCCUCUGUCUAAUUGUAUGAGACAUGUUAUACUGAACAAUAAAAGUAAAAGUACUAAA